AAAUAAAGAGACUUCUAAAAGUCUCGCUGAUAAGAUUAUUGCAAGAAUUGAGGAAGAAAAAGUCAUCCCAGAAAUUGACCUCGCUUUUGCUAUGAGYUCAACAUCAGCUUCRUCGACACAAACUUACAAGCUGAUGAAAGAMAYGAUCAACACAAUCGUGAGCGAUUAUGGCAUCGAAAAGUUCCAUUAUAGYGUAAUCGUGUUCGGCGCCUCGCCCAAGACAUUCGUCCAAUUCAGCGAGAAGUUCCCUAAUGCUGAGAAUCUUAAAGGCUUUAUAAGUGCCCUCCCKAGGAGAGUCGGUGGUCCGUCGUUAGAUGAAGCUUUGAAGGAAGGUCGUAAAUUGUUUUUGAAUMCGUUUGUAMGAAGAAAUGCCAAGAAAGUUUUGGUCGUUAUUACUGAUAGAGCAUCUGGUUUAAGCAAAGACGUCCUAAUGGCAGCCAGUGAACCAUUAGACCAAGGAAAGAUUCGAGUGAUAUCCAUUGCAAUAGGAAAUGAGGCAAAUCCAAGUGAAUUUACAGACAUAACACCUAAUGAAGGCGAUGUUAUUGCUGUGCCAAAGACUGAAAAACCCUCUAGUCUGGCAGAUAAACUGAUUGAAAAGAUUCUGAAAGGUAUAGCUUGUUUGUUUGUUCAACUGUGCUGAUAGAAAUGUUUGCAAACGUAAAGAGUCUUUUUCGUUAUGGAUGCUUAGUGCGAGAGGCAAGUAUCUGUCCGUAAUAUUGAGAUAUUCGUUAUAUACAGAGGUGUAUGUAAUACAGAG